CCAGGAGGCUUUAAAUAAGCCGAAGGCGCAUUAGAGAAACAUUCAGUAACUAGUCUUCACACAGAGGAAGGAAGAUAGAGCAAAGAUGGCGCGACUUGACUUACCGGUCUGUCUCAGUUUGAUUUGUGCGGCCUCAACUCUGGUACAGAUGGUCCAGUUGAGCCCAGGGAAAGAUGACAUCACAGAGGUCCCAGAUGAUGUCAGUGUGUCACAUGUCACAGUGAACGACAGCUCUGUUGAUGAUCCCAACCUGGGGAAAAGUCUGGCUGAAUGUCUGAAUGAUACAGACUACGAUGUGCUUAUGCACACCAUUCAUAACGGCCUUCCACCAACCAAUACAUCUCAGCACAUUGUCAUUGUUGGAGCUGGCAUGGCUGGACUGACGGCUGCCAUGCUGCUGCAGGACGCAGGACACAAGGUCACCAUAUUAGAGGCUAGUGGUCGUGUUGGAGGACGAGUGAUUACCCACAGGAAUGAAGAAGAGGGCUGGUAUGUUGAACUGGGAGCCAUGAGGAUCCCAAGUCAUCACCACAUCCUCCACUGGCUUAUUGAAAAGCUGGGGCUCAAGCUCAAUAAAUUCAGAAUGGUUGACGAGAACACCUUUUACUAUGUCAAUGGGAUUCUGAAGAAGACGAGCACAGUGCAAAAUCACCCUGAAGAUCUAAAUUAUGAUGUGUGGCCCAGUGAGAAAGGAAAGUCAGCUCACGAACUGCUACAGUUUGCUUUGCAGAAGGUAAAAGAUGAUGUGAAGGCUUAUGGCUGCUGGGCUGCACUGAUAAAAUACGACCGUUAUUCUGUACAGGAUUUUCUGAAGGAACAAAGUACUCUGAGUUCAGAGGCGGUGAGGAUGAUCGGAGACCUGCUUAACGAGCAGAGCCUUAUGCACAUAGCGCUGACUGAGAUGAUCUAUGAGAAGUCUAACAUCAACGACAACACUGAGUACACAGAAGUGACUGGGGGGACGGACCUUAUCCCCAAUGCUUUUCUUAAGCUCCUCCAUGAUUGCGACAUUCUCCUCAACUCUGAAGUGAAACGCAUCAGGCACUCAGAUGAAGGUGUGAUUGUAACAUACCAGACAGGCCCACAGUCUUUUACUGUCCUUCCUGCCGACGUCGUCCUGGUAACAACCACAGCCAAGGCAGCUCUCUUUAUUGACUUUGAUCCACCUCUCUCCAUCCCAAAAAGGUUGGCACUGAGGUCGGUCCACUACGCCAGCUCCACUAAAAUCGUCCUCACCUUCAGCAGGAAGUUUUGGGAAGAUGACGACAUCCAAGGAGGAAAGAGCAUCACUGACGGGCCCUCCCGUUUUAUCUACUACCCCAGCCACAGUUUCCCACACAAUGAGACCAUUGGCGUCCUCCUGGCCUCCUACACCUGGUCUGAUGACUCCCUCCUCUUCCUAGGUGCCAGUGAUGAAGACCUGAAAGAGCUGGCUCUGAGAGAUUUGGCAAAGAUCCACGGCGAGCACGUCAAGUCUCUGUGCACAGGGGUGGUGGUGAAGAGGUGGAGCGAUGAUCCUUACAGCCUGGGCGCCUUCGCUCUCUUCACACCUUACCAACAUUUAGAGUUCCCCAAGGAGCUGUUCAGACAUGAAGGCAGGGUGCACUUUGCUGGUGAACACACGGCCUUCCCUCACGCCUGGAUUGAGACGGCUAUGAAAUCUGGAAUCAGAGCUGCUGUCAACAUUAACAGAGAGUCAGCUGGAACUCGACACCAUGAGAAGCUCUAGGGUCUUCAAUCUGCUUUCUAGGGUCGGGGUUUGGACCGUCUGAAACCAAGUGAACUUUAAUUCAUCUUUAGGAACCUUGUCACCAUGUUUGUUAUAAAAUAACCUACAUAACUUCAUUUUGCGAAAUCUAACCUGUGUAACUUUACGUUAAAUACAUAACUCGAUGACACCCAACUAUGUUUUAUUUCCUGAGAGUUACUCACAUACCUUUACUUUACCAAGCCAAACCUACAUAACUUUACUUUACCAAGCCAAACCCACAUACCUUUACUUUACCAAGCCAAACCUACAUAACUUUACUUUACCAAGCCAAACCUACAUACCUUUACUUUACCAAGCCAAACCUACAUACCUU